AUGAGAUCCAGACAUCUCUGGCCGUUGGUUGACCUAGUGUUCUGGGCACACGUCGACACGGGUCGACCGAUGCCCUUGUACUACAGCAACGGAGCGCAGCUCUUAACAAAACGAGACAGGCCUCAAUUCGACACGGGCCAGCCAAUUGACGGAUCCGGCAAAGGAGGUCCCAUACUGGGAGGCACAAACCACCAGCUCGACCUCCAGAACCCAUCCAACCUGGGCCAGCAGCCCACCGACAACGGCGUCGUGCCCAAUCUGAAAUGGAGCUUCUCACAAUCCAAGACACGCAUCCUAAACGGCGGAUGGACCCGCAAGCAGACCAUCACCGACCUCCCCUCCAGCCACGACAUAUCUGCGGCGCAGCAGCACCUGUCCCAGGGCGCGAUCCGCGAGCCGCACUGGCACAACACGGCAGAGUGGGGUUUCGUGUACAACGGCAGCGUGCUGAUCUCAGCGGUGGACCAGAACGGCGCGUACCAGGCGGAGACGCUCGGGUUCGGCGACAUCUGGUACUUCCCGCGCGGGGUGGCGCACACGGUGCAGGGGACGGGCGAGGAGAACGAGUUCCUGCUGGUGUUUGACGGGCCCGACACGGACGCGGCGGGCUCGACGUUCAACCUGGACGACUGGGUCGCGCACACGCCGCGCGACGUGCUGGCCAAGAACUUUGGCGUCGACGCGGCCGUCUUUGACGGCGUGCCGCGGCCCAGCCCCGGCGUCCUCAAUGGCAGCGUCGGGGACGAUGCCGGCCGCGUUGUCACGGCUGGGCCGGGCGAGCAGCCUGCUGCGGGCGCGGACUCGUUUGUGUACCGCACGCUGCAGCAGCCGCCGAUCCAGGCGCCCGGGGGAGGCGGCUCGCUUUACAAGAUCGACUCGACGAAUUUCCCGAGGAGCACGUCUAUCGCGGCGGCGCUGGUGACGCUUGCGCCGGGGGCGAUGAGGGAGAUGCACUGGCAUCCUGACGCAGAAGAGUGGCUCUACUUCCACCAAGGCACGGGGCGGGCAACGGUAUUCACAGGCGACGGCAACGCGCGCACGUUCGACUUCGGGGCGGGCGACACGGCGACGUUCCCGGCCGGGUCGGGCCACUACGUGGAGAACACGUCGGCGGACUCGGGGCUCACGUACCUGGAGGUGUUCCGGGCGGGGCGGGUGGCGGACAUCUCGCUGGCGCAGUGGCUGGCGCUGACGCCGCCCGAGAUGGCGGCGCAGUCGCUCAAGGUCGACGCGAGCGUCGUCAAGGGCCUGCGCAAGGAGAAGCAGGUGCUGCUGCCGGCUGGGGGGCUGCCUCCUGGGGGCGGUUGA